CGCUACCAAAGGCGAUUCAUCUUCCCGGAUUACGGAGGGAGCCGUUCUAUCGUCUGUCAACGGCCGCCCUCAGAAUGGAUCCCAAUGAGAAGCACGGCAUGGACGACCCCAGGGUCUUCUCAGACGAGAACACCCCGAACUGGCCCGCUGGGUCGAGCAAAAGCGAAUCGAACGACAUCCCGUUAUCUGACAUGGGGUACUACAACCCAAAUGAGAGAGAUUAUGAUACGCUGAUGAACCCGCUACACAUGGACAAAUUUAAGGCGUGGUAUGAUAUCUUAAAAUCGGACGACGUCGAGGGUUACAACAACAUGAUGAAAUGUGAAACAGAUGAAAAAUUAGGCCUUCUGAACAAGAAGUUUCUUUACUGCACAGCGUAUUCGAAAAAGUUGAAGGAUUUGCGAAAAGAUAACAGCCGCAUUGAGUUUGAGACGCCACUUUGUGUCGCUGCAGCUAGUGCAUCGCGAAGGGUUUUUGUGUGCAUGCUCAAAGACGGGGCGAAUGUCUUGAAUACCGAUAUUGAAGGAUGUAACGUCAUUCACACGCUGGUCAGAGCCUGUAACUGUGUUGACGGCUUUGAAUAUAUGUAUAUGGAAAUGCUGAAGGCAGUGAUGAAUAUGUAUGAUGUCGGAACGUUAAAGAAACUCCUCUUCCACGAAGAUGUUUUAGGCUUUCGACCGCUAGAGGCCGCUGCGAAAUACGGGACUUUCGGACUUUUCCGGAUAAUCUUAGAAACGAAGGAAAUAUAUUACGAAGUCAUUGAUGAGGUCGGGAUGUGUACAUACGCUGAUUAUGAUGUCGAUGACUACGAAAGUGGUUCCAGCCGAAAGAGGGAGCUACGCUCGCCGCUUCGUUUCAUCCGGAUGUUGACGCCGAACAUGCUGAAAAGCUUCGACGAAAACAAGAUCCAUCAACAUCCCGUCGUACAGCAAUGGAUCACACGGAAGUUUAUUCGCGCCAUUCCGUUUAUCAUUUUUUGGUUCAGCGUGAGGAUCAUGUUCCUCGUAAGUCUAGUGGUGUUGGACCCAGGGUUGAUGAUAAACCGAAGCUUGAACUGCAUUUCGGAACCAGGUCACCGUAGCUGUAGCGGGGCCGGAGAUGACCCACCCAUCAACUUCACGCUGUUCUUCUCCGAUCUGUCCGUCUACUUGAGCUGGCUUAUAAUAGCCUAUGAUAUCGUAGAAUUCACAUAUUACGUCCUUGAAAAAGACAGGUGGAAGCUCCACGGAGGGUUCUUGCAUAUUUUCAGAAAGUACGUAUCUUAUACUGUAUUCUACAGAGUGAUCCAGGAUUUGCUGGCAGUGGUCAGUUUGACAAACUUCUACUUUUCCAUCAAGUCGGAUCCGGACUCCAUCAACCUGGCCAAGGCAGUUUCUCUUCCCCUGAUUCUAAUGUCCUUCAUUUACAUGUUGGAACUUUUGCCUAAUUUUGGACUCUUCGCGAUAACUUUACAAAAGAUGGCGACAACGCUGAUAAAAUUCACCUUCUUUACGGUGUUCAUUUGGGUGAUUUAUGCAUAUUUCUUUAUGAUUUGUUUGCCGCACACCGAUACGAACUUCAGCAAUCUCGGAACGAGUAUCUAUACACUGUUUCUUAUCGAAAGUGGUAACUUCAACUUCACAAUUCUCACAAGCUACGUCAUGUUGGCGCACAUCACGUAUUAUUACGCCUCGGCGGUCAUGUUGUUGAACUAUCUCAUCGCGAUCAUGUCGACGAUUUCCGACGAGAUGGGAAAACAGAAAGAGCUCUGUCUGACUCUGCGGCGCCUGGACAUCGCCAUCUUGUUGGAUGACCGUUUUGGGCGCUGGUUCCGGAGGAUCAUAUACCUCUGCAGCAAAACAAGAAAAAGGAUCCGACUGGCUGUGCUGAAUCCACAGAGGUUCAAGAGAAUUAAACUGAACGUCGAGCUUGAUGGCGAACAGAGUGUUUUGCUCUAAGCGAUACAUUUAUAAUUCUGUCUCAUACACGUUGUCAAUUUAUCUACAUGUGUGGCUGCCGCCAGAGUGCAGAGCAUGAUUUAUCUAUACUAUCCGUAAAGCUCGCUGCCAUCAUGCAACUUACCACGGAAUACUGUACUGUAUUACCCAGCAUACCAUUGCCCUUCAAGAGGUUAGAGAGACCGGCCGGUGGCGCCCCACUUUGUAAUGGUUUUGCCAUUGUGGCGUUUUGAUCCUUUUGAAAGACAGUUCCGCCCCUCCCGCUGUGGUGUCUUGUACAUGUAUAUCUAAAAAUGAUCGAACAGUAAGUUAGUCACGACAUGGCCCGACGAGUACUACAGUAGUCCCGGGAGUAAAGUCCCAGUUGCUUUUAUUUUUUCAAAAUUUCCGUUAAUGCGUUUUUUUCCUUCUUGACUAUGACUGUUCUUAAAUAUUGCAUUAUAAAAUAUGAUUAUACGGGCUACAUAUGCACAGCUGUCAGUAAUGUACAAUGCGACGAGACUCUGGGUUGCCAAUGGUCCGAGUUCCUGUAAUUGAACAUUGUAAAAUAAUGUGAAAAGAGUUUUAAAAAAGCACUGACGCACUUUUAAACAAACUGAACAAAUAUCGUUUUGUA